AUGAAAAUGGAAUUAAAAAAAAAAAAUAAUAAAAACAAUAAUUUUAAAAAUAAAGAAAAUGAUAUAAAUGAAAUCCCUUUAGCUAAUCAAGUAAUAUUCACAAAUUCUAAUAAUAAAUCAGUAAUAAUAUCCAAUCAAGAAACUCAUUUUAAACAAGAGGUAUUAGUUUCAUCAAUUAUAGUGGAUGAUGAAAAUGAAAUUAAAAAUGAAAAUAAUAAAAAUGAAAAAGAAACUGAAAAAUUAAAAAUAUUGGAAAGAGAUCAGAUUCUGGAAUUAGAGUCACCAAAAGAUGAAGAUUUAAAUGAAGCUGAUUAUAUUGAAAAGGAUGGAUAUUCAAUAAUUUCUUUAGAUCAAAAUGAUGGAAAUGAUUUUAAAAAACAAUCCUUUUUUAAAAGAUUUUUUUGUUUUGGAUAA